CGGCUAGCUGGCUGGGCGUUGGUGCUGUGGCUUUGCGCGGUCUGGAGGGCCCUGGAGGAGCUGCAGAGGAGCUGGGGAUACCCGGUCACAAAUAAAGAAGAGGCAAUGGGAGAUGCUCAGGGGCAUGAUUUCAAGCAGUUCUCAGUGAAGGAUAAGGCUGCCCUUGUGAGGAAGGGAAAGAAUACCGAGAGGACGAAGCUGGAAAAUUCAAAGAAGCAGAAAGUGAAGGAGCCAAACCAAGAGAAUCAGGGAAGAUGUGGGGAAGAACAGCAGAGCUUGAAAGAAGAAAGUAAAUUCUCUGUUUCGAGAGAAAAUCCAGGACAGGAUGAUCCUGUUAACAGAUCUGCACAGAUUCCCAAGCCAGUGAAGACUGAUAACCACAGGAAGCUGCCCAAGAAGAAAGGCCAGGUCGCGAGGCCACGUGGAGGUCCUGCAGACGAGCUGAAGAUGGCCCUCAGCGGACCUGACGGCGUCUCCGGCCAGCCCUCCAAGACCCAGGAGAAGAGAGGGAAGGAGACGGUGCUGCAGGCAGUGCCUGGCAGGAUGGCAGCCCCUGGAGGGGAUGGCCGUGAGCUCAAUGGCCAGGGUGAGAACCAUGAGAAGAGCAAAAGCAAGCAGGAAAAAGGUAAAGGAGAAAACCUUGAAGAGAGAGGGCUUCUGGAGAAACCUGUCGGGAUACACACAAAAGCCGCGAGGCCAGAGGAGGGCCGCGGGGACAGUAGGAGCACACAGGAGGACCUCAGCUGCAGGGAGCAGGAGCCGAAGGAGAGGGGACCCGGGGAGGAACGUGCUAGAAAGGAGGGGCAGUGUCACCAUGAGAAAGGAACGCAGGAUGGCAGAGAAGCCGUUCCAGGGGACGGCUCUGAGCAAGUCCCCGUGAGAAAGACGAAGCCCAGAGAUGCCAGGAAGUGUGAAGAGCUGCUGGAAAGGAAGCAGCUUCAAGACGAUGACAAGGAAGGAACAGAUGUGUGGGCCGUGAAAAUGAAGACAGACCAUGACGAAAGAUUAGCAGGUGGCACGAGGGUGAGCAAGGGGACCCGGAAUGACCAGGCGUCUGGACCGGGCAGCGUGGUUUCCAGAAGAGGAAAGAAAAGGAGGGUACUCAGAGCUGCAGAGGAAGGAGCUGGAAAAUCAAAGGAACGAAAAUUAGAAGGUCAGGACCAGAAGGACAAGCGGAGCAGAGAGAGAGAGGCGCAGCGCAGGAGUGAGCUCAGCGAGGGGGCCGCGGAGUGGCAGGUGCAGGGCCAGGCGCCGGCGGGGACCCAGCACACAUCCAGGGAAGAGAGCCAUCAGCGUGGCGUGAAGCGGGCCAGAGGCAGAGAGGACGUGGAGAAGGAGGAGGAGCCAGUCGGAGCUGGGGUGUCCAGUGGGAACGAGAAGAAAGUCGACCAGGAGGGAGAGAGGGGGCAGCAGAAGACAGACGGCAGCCGGUGGAGAUGGUGGGAGGAGGAGAAGAGCCAAGACGUGAAGUGGACCCAGCUGGAGCACAAGGGCCCCUAUUUCGCUCCCCCGUACGAGCCUCUUCCCGAUGGGGUGCAUUUCUUCUAUGACGGAAAGCCCAUGAAGUUGAGCUUGGCAGCUGAAGAGGUUGCCACUUUUUAUGGGAAAAUGUUGGAUCAUGAAUAUACAACAAAGGAAGUUUUCCAAAAUAACUUCUUCAGCGAUUGGCGAAAGGAAAUGACAGUAGAAGAGAGAGAGGUCAUCAAGCAUCUGGACAAGUGUGACUUCACGGAGAUCCACAGAUACUUUGUGGACAAAGCUGCAGCCCGCAAGGCCCUGCCCUGGCAGGAGAGACAGAAGCUAAAAGAAGAGGCAGAAAAACUUCAGCAAGAGUUUGGCUACUGUAUUUUAGAUGGGCACCGAGAAAAAAUAGGCAAUUUCAAGACCGAGCCGCCCGGGCUGUUCCGUGGCCGCGGCGACCACCCCAAGAUGGGGAUGUUGAAGAGGAGGGUCAUGCCUGAGGAUGUGGUCAUCAAUUGCAGCAGGGACUCAAAGAUCCCCGAGCCCCCAGCAGGCCACCAGUGGAGAGAGGUGCGCUCGGACAACACCGUCACGUGGCUUGCAGCGUGGACGGAGAACGUCCAGAACUCCAUCAAAUACAUCAUGCUGAACCCGAGCUCAAAGCUGAAGGGGGAGAAAGAUUGGCAAAAGUAUGAAACAGCUCGACGCUUGAAAGGUGUUGUCGAAGAGAUCCGCUCUCAGUAUCGGGCUGACUGGAAAUCGCAGGAAAUGAAGAGGCGGCAGCAGGCGGUGGCCCUUUACUUCAUUGACAAGCUGGCGCUGAGAGCUGGGAACGAGAAGGAGGGUGGCGAGACGGCGGACACAGUGGGCUGCUGCUCACUGCGUGUGGAGCACGUCCGGCUGCACCCGGAGGCCGGCGGCUGCAAGCACGUCGUGGAGCUGGAUUUCCUGGGCAAGGACUCCAUUCGCUACUACAACAGGGUGCCCGUGGAGAAGCCUGUGUACAAGAAUUUACAGCUGUUCAUGGAGAACAAGGACCCUGGGGACGACCUUUUUGACAGACUGACCACAGCCACCCUCAACAAGCACCUGCAGGACCUCAUGUGCGGGCUGACGGCCAAGGUGUUCCGGACCUACAACGCCUCCAUCACUCUGCAGGAGCAGCUGCGGGAGCUGACCAGCGCUGAAGACAGCACGGCUGCGAAGAUCUUGUCCUACAGUCGGGCCAACCGGGCCGUGGCCAUUCUCUGCAACCAUCAGCGAGCAACUCCCAAGACCUUUGAGAAGUCGAUGAAGAAUCUGCAGGCGAAGAUCGAGAUGAAGAAGGAGCAGGUGGCCGAGGCCAAGGUGGAGCUGAAGAAGGCGACGGCUGACUUCAAAACCAAGGGGGACGGCACGUCCAGAAGUUUCCUGGAGAAGAAGCAGCGGCUGCUGGAGAAGCUGGAGGAGCAGCUGGUGAGGCUGCACACACAGGCCACAGAGAAGGAGGAGAACAAGCAGGUGGCCCUGGGCACGUCCAAGCUCAACUACCUGGACCCCAGGAUCAGCAUCGCCUGGUGUAAGAGGUUCAGGGUGCCCGUGGAGAAGAUCUACAACAAAACCCAGAGGGAGAAGUUCGCCUGGGCCCUCGCCAUGGCAGACGAAGACUUUGAAUUCUAAAUGGUUAUGUCUGCUGUUUAUCCGUUAAAACUUCUUUUGUGUUUUUUCACUAUUAAAGCAAUAUUGGAGAAUUUUGUACAAUGAAA